AUGGGGGGCCACGAGCACCGUGAGGGACCGCGAAGCUCCCGUGCUGGCGCCUGGGAAGGGUCCGACAAGCUCAAGAAGGCGCUAGAGGGUCUAGCGACUGCUAAGGGCGUCUCACAGAGCCGCAUUGGUGCGGUGGCGAAGCUGGCAGCGCAGUAUUCCAAGUUUUACAAACACGUGGUGCAUGACAUUGAGGUGUUUUUGUGGAAGGCGGAGGUCGAGCACCGAUUGGCUGGACUUUAUGCGAUUGACGCGAUCAUUCGACAGUCGCAUGCCAAAGAUGAUCCGAAAGACGCGUACGUUAAGCGGUUCUUUGUCCGACUAUCGGACACGAUCGCAGCUGUGAAGAAAGUGCCGGAGCAAUUUCAGCCCAAAGUGCGACAUGUGAUUGAGGAGUGGCAAAAACGCGGUAUCUACACGUCGAGUCAGAUCGUAGACGCUGGAGGGCGUGAAUAUCUAUCUCAAGGACAAGACGGAAACACCACGUCUCGUGCGUCACCAGGGAAAUUGGCGUCAUUGUUGUCGAUUAUUAAGCAGAAAAAAGAGGAGCAAGAGCAUUCUGGUGACCACCAAGGGCGACCACCGUAUGAACAUUCGCUUAACGGAGAUAGAUGCCAAGCAGACAACGCUGGGGCUUAUGACCAUCGCAGUUAUGCCAAGGAACGAACGGCUAGCCACCUCUACGAUAGUAGAGACGUUGGCGGUAUUAUGGGGGAUGCACCGGGCGUCCCAGUCGGAAGUGGUCGUGUCCGUAGAGUCCCUGACGACCGUCUAAGUGACGUGGACGAUCGUGACGCCAAGAAGGCCCGCGGGUCUCGUUGGGGACCACCUAAGCUGGACAACCCUUUAUCGAAUGAUAGACCUGCCCCAAUAAUUACGUCACUUGUCAGAGAGGUCGAUUAUCAUGCUGAUAGUGGCAGACCCGGUUACAGCUCACCACCUCGCCAGCUUCCCUUAUUGCAAUCUUCACACGCAGCCCCGCCAAGAUAUGACGAUUGGAGCAGAAACGUACCCCCGUCUCGUGGUGUAAGCGCUGGAUGGCCACAUAGUGACAGUCUGCGAUCAUCACAGCCAGGAAGUCUAGGAGAGCACAAUGCAAGCCCUUGUCAUCCGGUCGCAAUGCCACGUCCGUCAUUUCCUGGCUCAAGCGAUCGACAAGGUCCGGGCAAUCGUGUACCCGGUACCUCAGGAGAAAUCUGCCGUAACUUCCUAGCCGCUCGAUGCACGUUUGGCGAUCGUUGCUGGCACAUCCACGACCCACAGGGGCAGUCCGGAACUUCUCGAGCAGAAAUGGCUGAAAGUAGGCGGAAAACUGUGCUGUGUAGCAAUUAUCCGCUGGGAACUUGUCGAUUUGGAGAUAACUGCAGCUUUGCUCACGGUGAAGAUAAACUUGACAAGUCCACGAGGCUGCUGAGACCUCCCGUGAUGCAGGCAGACCACCUCGCUGAUAGUCGGUGGCAAGCACCGCCGAGUGCACAGCUCGGGAUGGACGUUCCACCUCGGUCCCACGUUUCACCGUCUGCUCCCGCAUCAUCUUCUUGCUCUUCUCAAGCUAGAUCUUACGGAGCCCCGCAAGCUGUAUAUAAUGAACCACACGGUGAUCGCGGCACUAGCGCUUCUGUAUCUUUUGCAAACGUCGCCGUGCCCUCGCCAGGUGGGCAGCUGCUGCCAUCCGACCAUCAAUCUGGGCCAAUGACUUCCCCGCAAGGUUACCCAGGGGCGUACGCUGCGGCCAGCUCGACGUUCGUGACCCAAGGUUCUUCUCACCCGAACGGUGUCGACCAAGGUCGAGACCUCGUCCCAGGUGAUGCGUCUGUCGUGCUACCUCCUGGUUCCGGUAGUAGUCAAUUGCCCGGACCAGCUGCAGCGACUCCUGCCACUAAAGUCUUGGCGGAUGACGACGAUGCCGAUAUAGUGGAGCCCGAGUUUACCCUGGAGUACGAUGACGACGACUAA